AUGCUACCAGAUAUGUCAACAGAAGAAUUCAUGCAUAGCUUCAAGAAGUUAGUUGCUAGACGUGGCAAGCCAGAUAAGGUGUACUCAGAUAAUGCCAAGACCUUUGUGGCCGCAGCCAAACGUGUGCGAAAAAUCUCAAAAGAUGAACAAGUUCAUGACUUUCUUGCCAAGAACAAUAUCAAGUGGCAAUUCAACCCAAGCAAGGCCCCUUGGUGGGGUGGACAGUAUGAAAGACUGAUAGGAUUGGUGAAACAAGCAUUUUAUAAAGUAGUACGUCGAUCAAGCCUCACAUGGAAAGAAUUGGAAGGGGUAAUCCUUGAUGUGGAGAUAUGUCUAAACAAUAGACCUCUAGCGUAUGUGGAAGACGACCACGAAUUGCCAAUUCUUACACCAAAUGCCAUGAUAACUGGCCAACCGUCCGUCUCAGUGAUUGAAAAUGAUGAAGCAAGUGAAGAAGAGGAAUUAAGGAAAAGAGCAAAACAUAUUCAGCGAUGUAAGAAAGCCAUAUGGAAGAGGUGGACGGGGGAGUAUCUAAGAUCAUUAAGAGAGAGACAUAACCUGAAACAUGGAAAAAUGGGAAAAUCUCCAGAAGUGGGUGACGUAGUGCUAAUAAAAGGAGAAGAAAGAAAUCGAGGAAAAUGGAGUGUAGGUAUCGUAGAGGAACUGUAUGAGGGAAGGGAUGGAGUUGUUCGAGGAGCAAAGAUUAAAACACGGAAAACGCAUAUUGACCGGGCACCACAGCAUCUAUUCCCAUUAGAACUACAUAGAGUAGAAGAUGCAAAAGUAACCACAGAAAACAAUACCCUGGAUCCAGACGCGAAAGAAUUCCGGCCUAGAAGAAGCGCAGCAGUAGUGGCAAGAGAGAGGAUGCUGGAAGUCUCAAACUUUGAGGAUAGUAGUUCUUAG